AUUGCAGGCCUACAAAACCUCCCACCCGCAAACGCAGCUCCUAAACCCUAGCUGCCUGCUCCCACUCGCGACCAGAGCGGCGGCGGCGCAUCUCGUGGUUGCGAGCUGCGUGGCCAGGUCGGUACCAAGGGGCGCCGGCAACUCCGCGUCUCCGGCAGCAGAUUCAUUCUUCAAUGGCGGCCUUCAACAAGCUUGGCAGCCUUCUAAGGCACAACGCUCUGACAGCUGGUGCCCCCACCAGCUCGUCUCCUGCAUUGUUCAAUGCUGCUCGGCUUAUGUCCACCAAGCUUUUCGUUGGUGGUCUUUCCUGGGGCACUAACGACCAAUCCUUGAAAGAAGCAUUUAGCAGCUUCGGAGAGGUUACUGAAGCGCGGGUGAUCACAGACAGGGAUACUGGAAGGUCAAGAGGCUUUGGCUUUGUGAACUUCAGCAAUAGUGAUGAUGCCAAGGAGGCUGUGACUAAAAUGGACGGUCAGGAACUUGAAGGACGCAGUGUCCGUGUGAACUUUGCUAAUGAAAGGCCUGCUGGGGACCGUGGUGGUGGCGGCUUUGGUGGCGGUGGCUUUGGUGGAGGUGGCGGCUAUGCUGGUGGCAACCAAAGCUAUGGUUCUGGCGGUGGGCAGUUCUAAGUACUCGCUAACAAUCGAGCUAUUUGAAAUAAUGAACUUUAGGACCUGAUGUGGGGCACAUGUGAAGCCCUAUCAUGUUUUAUUAUUUUGUGUUGUGCUCUAUUGAAUCGUUGAACUCCUAGGUGCAAUUCAGGGGCUACCGAGCUUUUCCUAUGGGUAGUUUAUGGGUAGUUUUGAAGAACGCAAGGGCCGUGUGUACCUUGUCUGAGUGAGGAACAUAAUUUGCGCACAUUACUUUAGAUACCUUUCUAUUGCAAUGUGUACAGAAGUAUCGGUUGAUUUAUUGAGGUGCGCUGCAUUCUGGUUGCUUAA